GCUUGCGCGUGCUCUCUCUCUCUCUCUCUCUCUCUCUCUCUCUCUCAAUCAAUCUUCCUUCAUUUUCCCUUUCCUCCAUCAAUCUCCACCAUCGAUUCUCCGACCUGAUCCUCCUCCAUGGCCUCACAAACCCCCAAUUCGACUCAUCUCAAACCCCAUUUCCGAUUACCUGUCAUGGCCUCGUUGACCCCGAAUUCGGCUCAUACGAAACAACAUUUCCGCUCCCGCCCCCAUCGGAAGGUCCGAAUCGUAGCAAAAAUCAGGGAUUUUCUUGAUCCAGAGAUCGAAUCCUCUGACAGGGUUUCAGGGCCCCGGAUUUCUGUCCAGAAACCCAAUGGAGAAUCAUCGGACGGCGUAACGAUUUUACUCGGCGAUCAAAUGGAAAGCCAUAAAGAAUCUUACAAUCUAGAUUACUACUAUGAACAAGGAGAGGAUGCGUCUCAGAUUUUCUCUAAGGAGGUUAAGCCCCUUCUUCCAGAGAUUUUUCGUGGGUUUAAUGCCUCCGUUAUUGCGUACGGGGCAAGGGGUAGUGGAAAGACACACCUUAUACAGGGUUCUAAUGAAAAGCCUGGUUUAGCACCAUUGGCACUGGCCGAAAUUCUAUCAAUUGGUGAAGAAAUUGGAAGCUCGGUGAUGAUUUCUUACUAUGAGGUUUAUCAAGACCAUGUUUACGAUCUCUUGGAAUCUAAAGAGCAGAAAGUGUUAGUCUUCGAGGAUAAUGGAGGGAAAAUUAAACUCAAGGGCCUCUCUCAGGUUCCUGUGAAAUCAAUCUCCGAUUUCAAUCGAGUUUAUUUUCAUGAGUGCAAUCAGCGCAAACCUGGACAAAAGAUUAUGAAUGAUGAUGCUCCACGUAGGACCCACAAGGGCUUGAUUAUACAUGUUUCUUCCAGUGAUAAAGAUUCCAAUAUUCGUCUCACGGGCAAGAUGAAUUUCAUCGAUUUGGCAGGCUAUGAAGACAGAAAUCGGAGGAUGAGUAGUGGCAGCCCUCAUCCCGCUGAAAGUGUUAGGAUUAAUAAGUCUUUAUACUCCUUCCAGAAAGUUGUUUACUCUUUGAAUGCCAAUGACGGUCACAUCCCAUACCGAGAAACCAAACUCACUCACAUGUUGCAAGAUUCCAUAGGCGGAACAAGCCAAGCUUUGAUGAUUGCUUGUUUGAAUCCAUUUGUAUGUCAAGAUACCAUUUACACACUGAAAUUGGCUGCCCAUUCAUGCCAAGCUGGUGAUCAAAGCAAGAACGACUCUAGUAAGAAGAUUAAUAAAGUAGCCACACUGAUGACACCCGUUACCAAGCCUCAAACAUUGUCUACCAUGGCAAAGAAAUCUGCAACCUCCCGAUUUUUCUCCGUUGAGAAGAAAAAUAGUCAAAAGCCACCUACGACAAAAGGGAGUAAGCUAUUCGAUGUUGCGAGUCCAACCGUCAAAUCUGUGAAGGAUAAUUCUGUAUCAGGUGUUGCUUUAGCUAUAGAACCUUUUAUAGAAAAAGAGGAACAUUCUGCUUCAGUUGUUGCUAAUGACGCAGAACCUUUUACGCGAAAAGAGGAUAAUCCGUUACCAAGCAUUGUUGGGGCCAUAGAACAUUUUACAUCAAAAGAGGAUGUGUGCCUCCAAACUGAGUGCAAUCAUCUAGAAACCAAUGAUGCUGGAUUCAAUGUAAAACCAUCGGUUGUUUCAGGAGAUUGUAACUUGGAGAAUGAGAGAUACAGUUCGCCAUCUUCUAUUGAUGGAUCCUCACCACCAAUAAGCGUAAGGCUUAGGGAAAUUACAAAUACGUUGAAGUCUCUUUGUUCACCAUCUCCCUUGAGCAGCAUCCAAAUGCCAAAAGAGGCUAUGCUUGGCUGUAGUCUAGUCAGCAAGGAUCUAACAGAACCAAAAACUCCGGGAAUUCCUUUUAGUUUGGGAGUUUCAGAUAAUUUGGAGAGUGAAAACACCGGUACUCCAGCAGAUGUAUUCAAAACACGCAGCUGCGGGCUGAAGAAAUCUCUAGUUCAGGAGUAUCUCAAGUUUCUCAAUUCUGCCAGCAAGGAGGAACUAAAACAAUUGAAGGGGAUUGGAGAGAAAAGAGCCAAUUACAUACUUGGACUUCGUGAAGAAGAUCCUGAACCUUUCAAGGAUCUUGAUGGCUUAAAAGAAAUAGGCCUUUCCACCAAGCAGAUAAAUGGAAUAAUGAAAAAUGUUGCUGGAGGGCUUUUUACGUAGGCAGGAUCCGCAAUGAAACAGGGCUUUCUGUAGAAAAUUCUUGUACAUUAGCAACAUGGGAGUUGCUUUCAACCUUUUCAUGUAUGUGCUAAAACUAGUGAAAUGUUUUUUAAUUUAUAUUUUUGUUGGCUUUGUUCCGAUCCUACUAUUAUUUUGUACCCAUAACAGGAAAAUAUUAAAAGGGGUGAUUUCAUUUUCUAUAUCAGAA